AUGGCCGGGAUCCGCUGUGCCCCGCUGCUGCUGCUGCUGCUGCUGCUCCUGCACAGCCUGGGCGCCUGCGGGGCCCCUCCGCAGCCCCGCGGCUCCCUGUGCCGGACCAAGCCCACGGACCUGGUGUUCAUCAUCGACAGCUCGCGCAGCGUGCGGCCGCACGAGUUCGAGAAGAUCAAGGUGUUCGUGUCGCGGGUGAUCGAGGCGCUGGACGUGGGUCCCAACGCCACCCGCGUGGGCAUCAUCAACUACGCCAGCGCCGUGCGCAGUGAGCUGGCCCUGCACAGCCCCCAGAGCAAGGCGGCCCUGCUGCAGGCCGUGCGCAGGAUCCAGCCCCUCUCCACCGGCACCAUGACCGGCCUGGCCAUCCAGUUCGCCCUCAGCCGCGUCUUCGGCGCCGCCGAGGGCGGCAGGGACGGCACGGCCAACUUCAAAAAGGUGGCCAUCGUGGUGACCGACGGCCGGCCCCAGGACGGGGUGCAGGACGUGUCCACCCGCGCCAGGGCCGCGGGCAUCGAGAUCUUCGCCAUCGGCGUGGGCAGGGUGGACAUGGGCACGCUGAGGCAGAUGGCCAGCGAGCCCCUGGACGAGCACGUGGACUACGUGGAGAGCUACAGCGUCAUCGAGAAGCUGACCCACAAGUUCCAGGAGGCUUUCUGUGUGGUGUCCGACCUGUGUGCCACGGGGGACCACGACUGCGAGCAGGUGUGUGUCAGCACCCCAGGGACCUACAGGUGUGCCUGCAGGGACGGCUUCAGCCUCAACAGCGACGGCAAGACCUGCACCGCUUGCAACGGUGGCUUGGGGUCUGCUCUGGAUCUCGUGUUCCUCAUCGACGGCUCCAAGAGUGUGAGGCCUGAGAACUUCGAGCUGGUGAAGAAAUUCAUCAACCAAAUCGUGGAUUCGCUGGAGGUGUCGGACAAGCAGGCCCAGGUUGGGCUGGUGCAGUACUCCAGCUCUGUCCGGCAGGAGUUCCCCCUGGGGCAGUUCAAGAACAAGAAGGACAUCAAAGCAGCGGUGAAGAAAAUGUCCUACAUGGAGAAGGGGACCAUGACAGGCCAGGCUCUCAAGUACCUCGUUGACAGCUCCUUUGCUGCCAUCAACGGGGCGCGCCCCGGGGUCCCCAAGGUGGGGAUUGUCUUCACCGAUGGGCGCUCACAGGAUUAUAUCUCAGAUGCUGCCAAGAAAGCCAAGGACUCAGGAUUUCGGAUGUUUGCCGUGGGGGUCGGCAACGCCGUGGAGGAUGAGCUGAGGGAGAUCGCCUCAGAGCCGGUGGCUGAGCAUUAUUUCUACACCGCCGACUUCAGGACCAUCAGCAGGAUCGGGAAGAAGCUGCAGAUGAAGAUCUGUGUUGAGGAAGAUCCGUGUGAGUGCAAAUCCAUCGUGAAGUUCCAGACCAAGGUAGAGGAGCUCAUCAAUUCCCUGCAGCAGAAACUGGAAGCUGUGGCCAAAAGGAUCGAAGCCCUGGAGAACAAGAUCAUCUAA